AUGUCCUCUCCAUUAAUCUCAACGACUAUAAUACAAAUAGAUGGUAAUGUCAAUCCUCCUCUAACAUUCACUACUUGUCAUACCCACCCUUCUCAUAUUCAAAAUAUCCGUUCGCCUGCUACUUCCCUUUUUUCUCAUGGUCAGGUCAACGACAAUGUCUAUCCUCCUCUUAUAACCACCACUUGGCAAACCCAACCUUCUCAUAUUCAAGAUAUCAGUUCGCCUGUUACUUCCUUUCCUUCUCAUGGUCAGGUCAAUGACGAUGUCUAUCCUCCUCUUACAGCCACCACUUGGCAAACCCAACCUUCUCAUAUUCAAGAUAUCAGUUCGCCUGUUACUUCAUUUCCUUCUCAUGGUCAGGUCAACGACGAUGUCUAUCAUCCUCUUACAACCGACACUUGGCAAACCCAACCUUCUUAUAUUCAAGAUAUCCGUUCGCCCGCUACUUCCUUUCCUUCUCAUGGUCAAGCAAACGGUAAUGUUCCCAUUCAAACGGUUACCCUUUGCGGUAAUGUCCCCAAUCUUCCAGUUCCAGUGGAUACAACGUUAUAUCGCUCAGUCUCUUAUCACAAAUUGGUUCCAGACAUCGACGCCUCCAUGCAUAAUAAGUUGAAUGUACCGAGUCGUAAUCAAAUGCAAACUCACGAAUACCGCCGCUGUUCCUAUUGUGGCGAGUUCACAUACUUUUACGUUAGGCAGUUGAAUGUACCGCGUCGUAAUCCAGUGGAAACUCGCGAAUACCGCUUUUGUUCACGCUGUGGCGGACGUUUACUUACUGUCACUAUCGCCAUGUAA